AACGGAUAGACCCAGUAUUUUGACUGGUCUGGCCGGGUUUGUUGGGAGUUGUAAGGAGGUUUUUUUUACGUGUAGACGCGGACGUAGACGGAAUGAAACAUGGACACAGUGAAAGACCGUACGGAUUCGGAUCAGUCUUCCAGACCCCGUAGCUCAGCCACACCCAGAUUCGGUUCCAGUAAGACAAAAAUUCGGAAACAUAUACCCGCCGGAAAAGGACCGUAUACCGUGGGAUGUGUGGAUUUUAUGAACGAUCAUUCCGACGACGGAGUUUUAUUCCGAUUGUUUUAUCCCACCAGGAAAUCAGAUAUAUACAAACGAGAUAAACAAUGGCCUCUGUGGGUACCAAGGAAACAAUAUGUACAUGGUUAUGUGGAUUUUCUGGGGUUAAGCACCAAAACUUUUGGUAAAUUCUUUAAAUGGUAUUGUGAUGAUGUUUAUGUACCAGCGUUAUGGCAGGCUCCAAUUCUCAAAGAACACAAGAGAAAACAUCCAGUUGUUAUCUUGUCUCAUGGAAUUGGAGGAAACAGGACCACAUAUACUGCCUUGUGCUGUGAACUCGCUUCUCAGGGAUUUGUUGUCGCUGCCAUAGAGCACAGUGACGGAUCAGCUUCCAUGGCUUUACGUCUGCAACAGUUUUCCCAGAAUGCCUUGACUUCCAGUCCCGAUCAACUUAACAACAAUGAUGUCAUCGAUGGUGACCCUGAAAACAAACCACAAAUAAACUCACGACAUCAUCUCAACGCCUUCAACGAACAUUGGAAGAAAUUUGAAAAGAUUGAAAAUAUUUUUGACUUUGACUUUAGGAAUAAACAGGUCCACUACCGAGCUGAUGAGUGUUCUAGAAUGCUGAAUAUUCUUACUGCUAUGAAUAAUGGUGAACAAAUGCAUAAUUAUUUUGGAGUCAUUUUUGAUACAUCACAACUCAGAAAUAGCCUAGAUCUGUCUCAAGUCUCUGUGAUUGGUCAUUCAUUUGGAGGAUCCACAUGUUUAUGUACACUUUCAAAAGACCCACGAUUUAAAGUUGGGGUGGUUAUAGAUGGCUGGAUGUUACCACUGGAUGAACAAGUCUACAGUAAGGUUAACCAGCCUGUAUUAAUGGUAAACUACGAAACCUUUCAAUGGGUAGAUAAUAUUAAAUCUAUGAAUAGAUUUCUAACCAAUGAAGUUGAUCGACGAAUGAUCACCGUCAAAGGAACUUGCCAUCAGAGUAUCAGUGAUUUUCAGUUUAUAGCUAACAAACUUCUAGGACGGGUGAUGACAGUGAGAUAUACUCUAAACCCAAAACUAGCGUUUGGUACCAGUGCUCAGGCUACUGUUGGCUUCCUCCGAAAACAUUUCGAUUUGCCUGGAGAAAAGUUCUCUGAGAUAUUAGACGGAAACCAUUACCUGGUAAUAAAUGGAACCAACGUUAACAUGCCCGUCCAAGUCACAUGA